AGCACCAUCAGCAGCAGCAAAGUUCAGGGGGGAUGCACUUACAAGUAUGGUCCACACUCAUGUGAACCCCUUCCUCAACAACUUGCUUCUUUUGGGCCCACCUCCCUUUGCCCAACUCACCUCCCCCACACCCAUACCAACAUAAAGACACACAAGAUAGCGCUGCCCCCUUCCCAUGAAUCUUCUUCCCAUCAUCACAUCAGUUGACCCACACAAACACCCACGCCAUGAGAUUUUAUGAACUCAAAGCAAAUAUAUUGCUUUAUAUAACAACCCAAACGAUUAGCUACACGACCACUUCACCCUUCCCAUAUAUUCCAUUCCCGUUUGCUUCCAAACCCCAUUGCCCAUAUCCUGUAUACUUUCCCAUUACAGAGCAAACCAAACCAAACCAUCCAUAAGAGGCAUGGAUAGCAGGUGCAUCGAGGAUGUCUGCAGUAUUAGGACAGAGAAGCGGCCGCCGCCGGGCCCUGAAAGCCUGCAGCGUGUGGGCAGCGGAGCCAGCGUCGUCCUCGACCCGGAGGUCGGCGUCGAGGCCGAGUCCCGGAAGCUGCCAUCGUCCCACUUCAAGGGGGUGGUGCCCCAGCCCAACGGCCGGUGGGGCGCCCAGAUCUACGAGAAGCACCAGCGCGUCUGGCUUGGCACCUUCAACGAGGAGUCCGAGGCCGCCCGCGCCUACGACGUCGCCGCCCAGCGCUUCCGCGGCCGCGACGCCGUCACCAACUUCAAGCCCUUCUCCGAGACCGACGACGACGACGCGGCCGAGCUGUCGUUCCUCGCCUCCCACUCCAAGGCCGAGAUCGUCGACAUGCUGCGCAAGCACACCUACCAUGACGAGGUCCGGCAGAGCAAGCGCGCCUUCGGGGCCGGCAAGGGCUCCGACAGGAGGAGUAUGCCCGCAGGCGGCUACGGCGGUGGCCUGGGCCUUCGGUUCCUCGCAGGCUCGGGCGGUGGCGGAGCGCAGCGCGAGCAUCUCUUCGACAAGGCCCUCACGCCGAGCGACGUCGGCAAGCUGAACCGGCUGGUGAUACCGAAACAGCACGCCGAGAAGCACUUCCCGAUUCAGAUCGCCGGCGCGGCCGGCAAAGGCGUGCUGCUGAACUUCGAGGACUCCUGCGGGAAAGUAUGGAGGUUCCGCUACUCGUACUGGAACAGUAGCCAGAGCUACGUGCUCACCAAGGGGUGGAGCCGGUUCGUGAAAGAGAAGAGCCUCAAAGCUGGGGACGUCGUCACCUUCCAGCGAUCGACCGGCCAGGAUAAGCAGUUGUUCAUCGAUUGGAAGCCUCGAGCUGCCGGUGGUUGCGCCGAGGCCAGACCGGUUCAGGGGAUCAGGCUCUUCGGCGUGAACUUGUUCAAAAUUCCGGCGGUCGCGGUUGGUGGAGCCGGCUUGGAUGGGAAUGGAGGAGUUGAUCAUGUGGUUGGUUGCAGUAGAAAGGGAAUUAGAGGUAUGGAUCAUCAGUUGAUGCCAUCGCCGCAGCAAUUCAAGAAACAAAAGACAGAAGCUUUGUAGUCUUUGCAUUUGCCUUGGACUUUUCUUUUUCGUCUUUCAUGUAAAUAUUCAAGUGUAUAUUAUAUGAGAGAUGGAAAAGUAGUUGAAUCUGAUUGGAACGAAUGAAACAUCAGCGGAAGGAAAAUUUUGUUCAUACGUUAAUCUAUGUUCUUGUCAGUUU